CCAUAUCAUUAUCUGGCUUACUUUCUAAGCCUACUCUGCUUCACUUCUCUUGCGCGCAUCUGCACAAUGUCUUCCCAUACGUCUGAUCAUGCUUCCCAUAUGGAGCGUAUAGCUCAAGCGCUUGGUAAGGUAACGGCAGAAAGUGAUAACUUUAUGAGUGGCGACCUAGAAGCACGCCAUAGGCUAGUCUCUCGAGCAGGGGAGCUUGUUUCUGCAGCGGAGACACCUUUCGAGUCACUCUUGUGGAAUAUAUGGGCACUGCCAACUCGAAUUGUCGCCGCACGCAUUGCUGUGGAUUUGAAGAUUUUCGAAACGGUCAUGUGUGAUGGAGGCCGACCCAAGAGUACGGAGGAGCUGGCGACACCUACCGGAGCUUCGCCAACUCUCGUGAAGCGUAUUGCCAAAGCUUGCGUUUCGAUGAACAUGCUUGAUGAACAUGGACCUGGUCUUUACGUACCGAAUGAUUUGACUAAGCUCAUGUCGAAGCCUGAAUACGCUGCUGGUGUCAUUUUCAACUUCGACAUGAACCAGUCGUUAUUCUCUCACAUGCCUGCUUAUUUGAGAAACACCAAGUUCCAGAAUCCCGACGACCCCUUAAACGGGCCUUUUCAAUAUGCAAACCAGUCUGGAUCGAUGUUCACCUGGCUGGCCGACCACCCGGAGGUCUUCCAUGCUUUUCACCUCUACCUGCGCACGCUUCGAACCUAUCGGCCGAGUUGGAUGGAUAUGUACCCUGUGCAGAAACAUCUGGUGGAAGGCUUAAAUGUUGACGGCGAUGCGUCGGCUUUCGUCGACAUUGGCGGUAGCACGGGUCAGAUGUUGGAAGAAUUCCGAGACAGAGUGCCAGAGUAUAAGGGUAGGCUCGUUUUGCAGGACACCUCAGACGUGAUAUCUGCUGCAGCUGCGGGGCUGGGAAAUGAUACUCGCAUCGAACUACAGGUUCAUGACUUCUUUGCUCCGCAGCCUAUUAAGGGUGCGCGAGCUUACUUCAUGCAUUUUAUACUACAUGACUGGCCGGACGACCGGUGUCGCGAAAUCCUUGGUCACUUGAGAGACGCCAUGGAACCCGGCUACUCGAAGAUUCUAAUCGGUGAAUGCAUUGUUGCCGACCAAAAAGCAGCUUGGCAACAUGUAGCACUUGAUCUAUUCAUGAUGGCUCAAGUGUCGUCUCACGAGCGCACCGAGGGUGAGUGGCGUACGCUCCUCGAGAGCUGCGGCCUAAAGAUUGCCGGCAUCUACACGAAAGGCGAGGGCAACGAAGGCCUAAUUGAAGUUGUGGUUUAAAGACAACUCUGCACGGGAGGUGAGAGCUAGUUACAUGGUUACUAUCGGUUACUAUGUCAGAUAACCCGGAUUGUCCAAAGACACGGUAGAGACAUGUAAUAAAUACCCAUUCAGACAGAUAAAUACCCC